GCAUUGUGUGAAUCAUUCAGCAUAGUGUGAAUCCACAAUCGGAUGUCAGGUGGCCAUCAGAGUUCUUCAAGAUUUUUUCGAUCUUGUACUCUCGAAUUUCUUGAAGAUUUGGGUGGCCUAAAUAUCGAACCAAAUCACAGACACAGACAGGUCAGGUGUUUGAACCUGCCGCGCCGUUCCAGAAAGAUCUUAUCAUCUUCACGGAUCUUCUGACGAAGGAGCUAUUGAAAGAGCUCACUGGUCAGUGGUACAGUCAUGGAGGAAUCACUCUCAGACACACUGGAGAUACCAACUCUCGGUAGAUUAAUGCGCAUAGGCACGUUAUACGACGUACGUAGUGAUGAGGCUAUCAUCAAAGGUAUCACGCCCAUUAACAAAGAAACCAUAGGAGAUCAACUGAAAGUAGUCGAACAACAGAAAGGAUUAAAGCUCACCGUAAUUCGGUCAAAUUCGUUCGAUGACAAAUCAAUGGCUUUAGGUCUUGACGCUUCCCUUAAGGCAAGUGUUCUGGGGGGAUUAGUUAAGGCUGAGGCGGCUGCAGUAUAUCUGUAUGAUCGACAGCCCUUAGAUAGUCGCUUUCGACUCACUCUGCAUGUCAACACAAGCAAUAAGCUUGAAUGUUUGACGCAGAAAGCACUAGAAUCCAAUCUCAAAGGCAAAGACCCUGACUUGUUUGCAGGAAAUGGUAAUGCCACUCAUGUUGUUAAGUCAAUUUUGCAUGGGUCAAACACCUUUAUCGUGUUCGAUUACUGUGGGGGUGACGAAAAGGAAGAUGCUGCAAAAGUACUUACUGACCUAGUGGACAAACUUGCAGCCUAUGUCAAAGAAAAUGACAAUAUUCCUGCCGGUUGGGACCAACACGUUCGGUGGAAGGUUUAUAGUGACUUGCCCCUUGAGCGCAACCCGGCAGAUGUUGAAGGUGUUGUUCAAUUUCUGUCAGCAUUGCCCGAAAUGUCUGAGGCGAAAGCCAUUCCGAUUAAGGUAUUUUUAUAUCCACUAGGCAAGAUAGAUCCUAGAUCUGCUCGGGUUUGUAGCGCUGUAAGUGACAGUCUCCCUACACAGGCUCAGACUUUCCUGGAAGGUAUAGAGGAUUGUUUGACGAGAACCCGUGAGAUGGCGAACGACCCAUUGUCCACAAAUUUCCCCCAGUUAAAAGAGAAGUUUGAGUUCUUCAUAAAGCUACUGACGGAGUACAAAUCAAGUUACAAGAAACAGCUAGCACACGUAUUGUUCCAAAUUCGAAGCGGAAGUGACGGCGAGGGGCGCAUUAAGGACAUGUUCCGGGAUGUUGAUUCGUCACCAUUCAAUCUGACGUCACUCGAUGAUUGGGUAAAAAGUAAGCGCAAAGAGUCGAGUGUUGUCCGACUUUACGUCAAGUUUCUCCCAGACGUAGACAUCGUGAAGUCUCGUGAGAAUCUAGACGAUAUUCUCAUUGACCCGGGAAUCGAGAACGUGGUUUGCUUUACUUUCCAACUGAAAGGGAAAGAGGAAGGUUACUUGAGGGCGCUGUCCGAGUACAUCGCAGAGAAAAAAGGUGGUUCUUACGAAGAUAGCCAAUGGUAUGACGAUACGUCCUUCAUGAAAGAGAUGAGGCUCAAGGCAAAACUAUUUGCUGAUUUCUUUGAGAGCAGAAACCAAGAUGACUGCACCAAAUUCAUUGAGACGGGAUUUGAACACUCUUCCGGAUCUGCAGAAGGGAAAAGUGGUAGAAUCGGCGGAACAGUGAAUCUAUUUGAGCAAGGCGAGUUGACUCAAGAAGACUUUCAACCACCAAGUCAGCCUUUGAAGCCACAGUGUGACGUCGUCGAUCAACACUCGAUAAAUCUGACAUGGACUGAACCGAAGUAUGGUAUGUCGAAUGUUCAAAGAUACGUUGUCAAGUACAAGGUGUUUCGUGGUCAGGAUGAGCAAACAAGUGACCCUCAAGAGAUGCAAACAAAGAGCCUGGAAACUCAAGUCAUGAUUGACAACCUAGAACCAAACCAGUCCAUACGGUUCCAUGUUAGUGCCGUAUGCUCGGCAGGUGUGGGCCCCGAGAGCGAGCGAAGUGCUGUGGCAACAACACUGUCGGCGAAAUCGCCUGAGAAACCCGAGUUCCGAAACGUGACUGCUUCCAGUGUCCUCCUGGAAUGGCGACAGCCUGGGAAGAUGGGGAAGGAUGAAAUCGUUGAAAGCUACGUCAUACAGUUGAUGGGAGCGGGAAACAUGACCAAAGAAAUCGAUAUUAACUCGUCCAAGAAAGAGUUCAAAAUUAAGAAUCUGGAGGCAAAUACUACUUACAGAUUUCAGGUAGUUGCCUUGUACGAGUCGGGCAUCAAGAGUCCACCUAGUACCACUAGCGAUCAUUGUACAACUUGUCCAGCAAGCCGGCCAGGAAAACCUGCAGUUAGUGACAUCAAAUCAACAAGUGUUGUUACCACAUGGACCUAUCCUAACACUGUAGGACAUGGUGUAGAGCUAGUUGACUACUUCAUACAAUACCGCAAAGUGAUCAAUCGCAAGCAGUCUACAAAAUCUGAAGACGGUGGGUGGGAGAAGUAUCUGCUGAAGGAGAAAGGUAUCAUGGGAGCCAGCCCUCGUUUGAUUUCCGGUUUAGAUCCAAAUACGACCUACCAUGCCAGGGUGUUAGUAGUUUGCAGUGUGAAGAAGGGUAAGGAACCCGAGAUGAUACCUAGUGACAUUAGUGAUCAUUUCACUACGCUUCCUGCUGGUCCACCAAGUGGUUUAAGAGCCCAGCAGGUGUCAACAUCACAGAUCGAAAUCAAGUGGACAAAGCCUACUGUCGGCGGUGCUGAAGUGAAGUACUUCAAGGUUGAAUACAGCAGCGACGACGACCCCGGGGUAGUAAGAAAGAAGACAGACGAUUCUUCCUGCAAGUUUGUUAUCAGAGGAGUCAAAUCUGAAACGCGGUACAAGAUCAAAGUUUUGGGCUUUUGUGGGAAAGCGGGGGCAGGUGAAGUAAGCAAGGUGGAGUGUACGACCCGCAAACUCAUCAAGGAAUAUAUCAUUAAAUCGUCAAAAAUACUUCAACCUGGUGACCCGAAUACCGGAAAACCGACCAUCUUGAAGUUGCCUCUUAGGAAGGUGUGUGAGAAGUCCCAGAGUCGUAGUUUCAUGUUUGGUGAAGGAUCUAAGAUAGACAGAGAGCGCAAAGUGAUCAUGGUUGUUGGCGUCACAGGUUCAGGAAAAAGCACCCUGAUCAACGCAAUGGUCAAUGACAUUUUGGAAGUAGAGCGGCAGGAUGAUUACCGGUUCAAAGUGGUUGAUGUCUGUGAAGGAAACGGAUCAUCACAAGCUCAUAGCCAGACACAGGUUCUCACAUCGUAUACCCUGAUGGACGAAAACCUUCAUCUGCCUUACGAUCUAACCAUAAUCGACACACCGGGCUUCGGUGAUACUCGUGGCGUUCAAAGGGAUAAAGAAAUCUUUGCCAAGAUUCGUGAGUUUUUCUCAGAUGCAGAGUCUCACGGGAUCGAUCACAUUGAUGCUAUUGGGUUUGUUGUCCAGGCUUCGAAUGUGCGUUUAACCCAAACACAGCGGUAUGUUUUCGAUUCCAUUUUGUCGGUGUUUGGAAAGGACAUUGUCGACAACAUCAUUCUACUUGCAACAUUUGCAGACCAAAAAGAUCCACCUGUUAUGGCUGCACUGAAAGAGGCAGACAUCCCUUUCACAGGGAAGUUGUUUAAGUUCAAUAAUUCGGCCCUCUUUGCUGAAGUGAGACAAUCAAAUCAACAGGGUGGCGAUAAAACGUCUAAUGGAAAGGAUCAUGGAAAGAUUGAUACAAUGUUCUGGGACAUGGGAUCCGAAAGUUUGAAGGCAUUCUUUCAAAAUGUGCAAACUCUUGAAGCUCGAAGUCUUAUCCUUACGAAGGAAGUGUUGGAUGUGAGAAAGCGUCUUGAGACUGCAAUCCAGGGUCUUCAGCCUCAGAUUAUGGUAGGAAACUGCAAAUACGAAUCUCUCAGAAGAGAGCUACAAACCCUGGAAGAAAAUGAAGCGCAAAUCGAAGCAAAUAAAGAUUUCAAGGUCACGGUGAAAGUUCCCAAGUGUAGAAAAGUAGAUAUAACUGGAGAGUACAUCACCAACUGUAGCAAAUGCCACUUCACUUGUCAUUACCCUUGUCGUAUCGCAGACAAUGCAAAGAAGGUCAAAUGUAAAGCCAUGAAUGACGGAGUCUGUACUGUUUGUCCAGGCAAGUGCCCAUGGGAUGUUCAUUUCAAUCAGCAGUACAGGUUCGAAUUCUACGAAGAGGAAGAAGAGAAGACGUUCGAAGAGAUUGAGGCGAGAUACAGAGAUGCAUCAGGAAAUAAAUUGACGGUUCAGCAAGUCAUAAAAAAAACCAUGGAAAGUUUGAAAGAGGUCCGAGCGACCGUGUUUGCGUUAAUAGCCAAAGCGCAUAAAAGCGUCACACGUUUGGAAAAGAUUGCACUGAAGCCAAACCCUCUAAGCACGGUAGAAUACAUUGAUCUUCUGAUUGACUCUGAGAAACGCUCUGGUAAACCUGGCUGGCAAGACCGAGUCCAUGGCUUAGAAGAUGUGCGAAAAGAGGCAGAUAUCAUUGGGAAUGUGAAGGAUGCAAAUUAUGAUCCGUUCAAACAACUCGAAGCCAACAUAACAGGCGGAGCCAAAAAGAAAAAGGGAUCAUUGUGGCUCUCUUUGUUUAAGUAGAAAACACAUACACCUCGCAGUAGACUGUCUUUAACCGCAAGGAUAAAGAGAGGUGCUUGCUUUUCAGAACCAGUGAUUUCAUUGGAUAGGCAGUGACGUAAGCUUUCUAUAUCUGUGUUUUAAUUGG